ACAAAACCAACAUGCCUUCCUCAUCACACUACUUAGUAAUUUGCUUCUUCUUACUUAGUUUUUUGGCAGUUUCAUCAGUUAAUUCACAGAGCCCCGUUCAUUACCCGAUCAAUGUUAUUGUGAAAAAUGAAACUCCACGUACAGCCUCGGCAAGAUGUUAUAUACAUGGAAUUGAUGCUCGCGACAAAUUCAUAAUGACACCAGGUCAUAUUGUUGAAUUCUAUAUGAGCAUUAUUCCUGGAGAAGAUAACACCCUUUCUUGUGACGUGAAAUUAGGGGAGAAACACGGGUUUUUCGAGUUGUUUAACUUGAAUAAUUCUCGCAUUUGUCACACUCCUGAUGUAUAUUGUUAUUGGAAUGUACAUGAAGAUGGAUUAUGCAUGUUUGUUGCAGGUAAAUGUGUGCUCUUCAAAUGGGAUGCUAACUCAACAGUUCUUCCCAGUUUGAGUCUCCAAGUCAAAGAUAAACUCCCUUCAAUUAGACAUACUGCAAGUGAAAAACUGAGAUAUGCUGCAACUGGACCCUUCAUUUUGAAAACAAGUCCUUAGUAAAUCCAUGAAAUUUUGUACUAAUAUUCUAUGAAAAUGAUUAAGAAAAAUUCAGGUAUUAUGUGAAUUGAUAUGCCAAGCUUUAUGUUCAAUGUGUAAUGAGCUUCCAAUCUCAUGUCACAAAAACGUAUGCCCGUUUAUCUCCACAUGAAUAUAAAUAUAUUUCACAUC